UCGAAAUCGGUCGCCGGUGGGUCGAUUUUUUUUGGUGCGCAAUUUAAAUAAAUUUUAUCUAAAUAGGUAAUAAUGAGAUUUUUAAUAAGGCGAAUAUUUUCAAUAUCUGAAAAAUUACGUGCACGACCAACUGUUAUUAGAAAUUAUUCAAAUGAUGCACAAAAGAACGAAGAGAAGAAAGAAGAAGAAGUUCGUAAAAACAUAGUCAUAGAAAAAUUCGAUACUAUUGUCACUCUAAAUAUCGACCGUCAGAAGUCUCGAAACAGUCUCGACAUACCUACACUUAAUGAAUUGACGGUUGCUUUAGACACAUUUGAAAAAGAUGCUACUGCUAAAGUCUUGGUCAUAAAUGGAGAAGGUGGCUCAUUCUGCUCGGGAUUCGAUGUCGAUGAAUUAGCAGAUAAAGGAUAUAAUCCAUUGAAAGACGCUUCGUCUCGCCUUCUGCGCCGUCCGCUGUGCGACAAACCAACAAUAGCAGCUGUUUCCGGAUACGCAGUGGCUGAAGGGUUCGAGCUGGCGCUGGCCUGCGACCUUCGGAUUAUAGAGGAAACUGCUGUGCUCGGUUGCCUGGGGCGGAGGUUUGGUGUGCCACAAGGUAUGUUCGGCGCCCGUCGCCUAACUUCCCUCAUCGGGCUCUCUCGCGCGUUAGAUCUGCUGAUGACCGGUAGGCUUAUAAACGGCUCGGAAGCAUAUCAAAUCGGACUAGGAUGCAAGUUGACGGCUACUGGCACUGCCCUAGGAGAAUCAAUAAAGCUGGCCAAAUCCCUUGUGAAAUUCCCACAAAACGCCCUCAUCAUGGACAAACUGGCCGCAGUCAACUCUCAGUUGAACCCCAACAGCGAGGAGAGUAUGAGAGACGAGGCAGUCAUGACCAGCCUACUCGGGAACGCUAUUGAGGAUAUCAAGGAAGGAGCCAAGAAGUUUCAAGGAGGUAUAGGGAAACACGGCAAGUUCUACAAACUGACAGAAGUACCUCUCAAGGAUUGGGAGCUAGAAGAGACUUUAGAGGAAGUCCAAGUUAGCAUACAGAAGAAAGACGAUAAGAAGUCUUAAUUUGAGCACAAAAUGGCGGACUAGAAUAUGUUUUAUAACCUAAAAAUAGAUAUAUAAUGAAUGUGUUUUGCGUAUAGUUGAGCUGUGUAUGUUAAAGUUGAUUAUUUAUUGUGUUUUAUGCUUUUGUUAACUAUUAACAUAAUUUAUAAACUGUA